AUGGCGGCUGUCAGGAAAUUGUUGGUUCUCGUUCUGUUGAUCUGCUGCGCGGUGGUGCUCGCCCAGCGUGGGGGUGGCAGCCCUAACAAUAAGCCUCGACCCGGAGUGCAGAGUGCACCCCAGCGGCACUUCGAGAAGAGAUCGCUGGACCACGAGGAUGGUGACGCGGGUGACUUCUUCGAUCAGCCGGCCUACGAGAACGCGUUCGACAGGCCCCACAGGAUCCGAGUGCUCCCGGGCUUCCUCCAU